AUGAUCCUCGGUGUGUCGGGUGACCAGGACCAGGUCCAGGACUGUCCAGAUUCCAUCUUUUCCUCUGCUGGUCUGCAGGUGAAGAACGAAGCUCCUGCCGAGGUGCAGAUCACCGCCGAGCAGCUGCUGAGAGAAGCCAAGGAGAGGGAGCUGGAACUUCUGCCGCCCAAGCAGGAGAUUACCGACAAGGAGGAGCUCAACGACUCCAAGCUGAGGAAGAGGAAGAAUCAUAAAGGAAGACCCAAAAGAUACUGCUGUGAUCAUUGCGAGCAAGUCUUCACCACUUCAUCAAACCUGAAGAUCCAUAAGAAAACUCACACUGGUGAUAAACCACAUAGCUGUGAUCAGUGUGGUGCGGCUUUUACCCGACAAGAUAAUCUAACGACUCACCAACGUAUUCACACUGGAGACAAGCCUUACAGCUGUGAUCAGUGUGGAGCGACUUUUGCCCGGCAAGAUGGGCUAACGAGACAUCGACGUAUUCACACUGGAGACAAGCCUUACAGAUGUGAUCAGUGUGGAGCGGCUUUUGCCCGGCUAGGCGAUUUGACGACUCACCAACGUAUUCACACUGGAGACAAGCCUUACAGAUGCGAUCAGUGUGGAGUGGCUUUUGCCCAUCAAAGUAAUUUGACGAGACACCAACGUAUUCACACUGGAGACAAGCCUUACAGAUGUGAUCAGUGUAGAGCGGCUUUUGCCCAGCAAGGUGCCCUAACGACUCACCAACGUAUUCACACUGGAGACAAGCCUUACAGAUGCGAUCAGUGUGGAGUGGCUUUUGCCCAUCAAAGUAACCUAACGAGUCACCAACGUAUUCACACUGGAGACAAGCCUUACAGGUGUGAUCAGUGUGGAGCGGCUUUUGCCCGGCUAGGUGAUUUGACGACUCACCAACGUAUUCACACUGGAGACAAGCCUUACAGAUGUGAUCAGUGUGGAGCGACUUUUGCCCAACAAAAUGAUCUAAAGCGACACCAACAUAUUCACACUGGAGACAAGCCUUACAGAUGUGAUCAGUGUGGAGCGGCUUUUACCCAGCAAAGUUCUCUAACGAGACACAUACGUAUUCACACGGGAGACAAGCCUUACAGGUGUGAUCAGUGUGGAGCGGCUUUUGCCCAACAAGGUAACCUAAUGACUCACCAACGUAUUCACACUGGAGACAAGCCUUACAGGUGUGAUCAGUGUGGAGUGGCUUUUGCCCGGCAACGUCAUUUGACGAGACAUAAACGUAUUCACACUGGUGGUGAUAAACCAUACAGCUGUGAUCAGUGUGGAGCGGCUUUUGCCCAGAAAACUGCUCUAACGACUCACCAACGUAUUCACACUGGAGACAAACCUUACAGAUGCGAUCAGUGUGGAAAGGCUUUUACCCAGCAAGGUGAUCUAACGAAACACCGACGGAUUCACACUGGAGACAAGCCUUACAGAUGCGAUCAUUGUGGAAAGGCUUUUACCGAGCAAUGUCAUUUGACGAGACAUCAACGUAUUCACACUGGAGACAAGCCCUACAGGUGUGAUCAGUGUGGAGCCGGUUUUGCCGAGCAAGGUACUCUAACGGGACAUCAACGUAUUCACACUGGAAACAAGCCUUACAGGUGUGAUCAGUGUGGAGCGGCUUUUGCCGAGCAAGGUACUCUAACGACUCACCAACGUAUUCACACUGGAAACAAGCCUUACAGCUGUGAUCAGUGUGGUGCGGCUUUUGCCCGACAAUAUCAUCUAAAGACUCACCAACGUAUUCACACUGGAGACAAGCCUUACAGGUGUGAUCAGUGUGGUGCGGCUUUUACCCGACAAUAUACUCUAAAGAAUCACCAUCGUAUUCACACUGGAGACGAGCCUUACAGAUGUGAUCAGUGUGGAGAAGUCUUUAUUACUUCAUCAAACCUGAAGAUCCAUAAGAAAACUCACACUGGAGAUAAACCGUACAGCUGUGAUCAGUGUGGGGCGGCUUUUGCCCGGCAAGGUGAUUUGACGACUCACCAACGUAUUCACUCUGGAGACAAGCCUUACAGGUGUGAUCAGUGUGGAGCGGCUUUUACCCACAAAGGUACUCUAACGAGUCACCGACGUAUUCACACUGGAGACAAGCCUUACAGCUGUGAUCAGUGUGGGGCGGCUUUUGCCCGGCAAAGUCAACUAACGAGACACCAACGUAUUCACUCUGGAGAGAAGCCUUACAGGUGUGAUCCGUGUGGAGUUGCUUUUGCCCAGCAAGGUGCUCUAACGAGACAUCUACGUAUUCACACUGGAGACAAGCCUUACAGGUGUGAUCAGUGUGGAAAGGCUUUUGCCCUGCAAGGUGUUCUAACGACACAUCAACGUAUUCACACUGGGGAAAAGCCUUACAGAUGCGAUCAGUGUGGAGCGGCUUUUGCCCGGCAAGUUCAUUUGAAGACUCACCAACAUAUUCACACUGGGGAAAAGCCUUACAGGUGUGAUCAGUGUGGGGCAGCUUUUGCCCGGCAAGAUCAUUUGAAGAGACAUCAACGUAUUCACACUGGGGAAAAGCCUUACAGAUGCGAUCAGUGUGGAGCGGCUUUUGCCCAGCAAAGUGGUCUAAUUAGUCACCAACAUAUUCACACUGGAGACAAGCCUUACAGAUGCGAUCAGUGUGGAGUGGCUUUUGCCCGGAAAGGUGAUUUGACAACUCACAAACGUAUUCACACUGGGGAAAAGCCUUACAGAUGCGAUCAGUGUGGAGCGGCUUUUGCCGACCAAGGUGCUCUAACGAGACAUCAACGUAUUCACACUGGGGAAAAGCCUUACAGAUGCGAUCAGUGUGGAGCGGCUUUUGCCGACCAAGGUGCUCUAAUGAGACAUCGACGUAUUCACACUGGAGACAAGCCGUACAGAUGUGAUCAGUGUGGAGCGGCUUUUGUCGAGCAAGGUGCUCUAACGAGACAUCAACGUAUUCACACUGGAGACAAGCCUUACAGAUGUGAUCAGUGUGGAGCGGCUUUUGCCCAGCAAAGUACUCUAACGAGUCAUCAACAUGUUCACACUGGAGACAAGCCUUACAAAUGCGAUCAGUGUGGAGCGGCUUUUGCCCUGCAAGGUCAUUUGACGAGACAUAAACGGAUUCACACUGAAUAAAAAGUGUACAUUUGUGAUCAGUGCUAAAAUCAUUUAUUUUGAGAGUUCAGUUAAAAGGCACCAAUUUAGUUUAGUUAAUUUAGUUUGAAAGAAAUAAUUCUGGUGGUUCGAUUGUGGGAAGGAUUUUGAAUAUUUUUUUAAAAAAGCAGCAGAUUCUUACAGCUGUAGGAGCUGUUCAGUUAUAACCAGAUUUGGAAAAUUAAGUACAAGAAUUCAAUUCAAAAGUCUUUAUUUUGAAUAUGAUGGUAGUGUAAGUAACAGACAUGCUCGAACAUACUUGAACAAUGAAUGCAAGAGACUUUUUUUUUUGAAGCAGCAGCUUGUUAUUGGAUGUUGAGAGGCGGAAUAUGUUUGGUGUCCUGGAAUGCCCUUAAUUCAACUUUUCAUAUUAAUUAUGCUCAUGUAUCAUGCUUGUUUAUUAAU